AUGGGCUUCAAAGUCAUCAUCGCCGGAGGCAGUGUCUCGGGACUGUCUUUGGCAAAUAUGCUGGAGAGACUGAACAUCGACUACGUCCUCCUCGAAGCAUACCCCGAAAUCGCACCACAAGUCGGAGCAAGCAUCGGGUUGUUGCCCAACGGGUUUCGAAUCCUUGACCAGAUCAACUGCUAUGAGCCCAUCCGCGAGAUUGCCGGGGACUACUACCUGAAAGCCAGUAUCCGAGGAUCAGAUGGCGGGGUUCGCUCAGAGAACUCUACAGCUUCCAUUCAUCACAUGGAACAUAGGCUCGGAUACCCUUCCAUUUUCGUGGACAGGCAAAUGCUUUUACAUGUUCUCUACGACAACCUGAAGCAUAAGGACAGAAUCCUUACGAAGAAGCGAGUGUCUCGGAUCGGCCUUGCCAAGAAUGGUGUCCAGGUGCACACCGAGGAUGGCUCUCUUUUCGAAGGGGACAUCAUAGUCGGGGCGGAUGGCAUACACAGCACCGUGAGGAAGGAGAUGUGGCGCAUCGGCAAGGAAGAGAGCCCCGGAUACUUCCCUCCGGAUGAGGAAUCCAGAGUUCCAGUUGACACGAAAUGCAUCUUCGGCAUCUCCAAGCGCCCCAAAGACCUAGCACCCAACGGCCAACAAAUGGUGCACCACGCCGGACGGAGCUACCUCAUCGUCCACGCCCCGGGCAACAGAACGUUCUGGUUCCUGUUCAAAGGAGUUGACAAGACGAUGUACGGCAAGGAUAUCCCGAGGUACUCAAAGGACGACUUGGAGAAACUGGCCAGAGAGCACCUGGACGACAAGAUUGUUGACAACUUGACCUUUGGGGAUAUUUACAAGAACCGGAUCAUGUCCACGCUUGUUCCUCUCGAGGAAUAUGUGUUCGAUAAAUGGCAUUACAAGAGGAUCGUGACCAUCGGAGAUGCAAGCCACAAGAUCGAUCCCAUCUCGGGUCAAGGAGGGAACGGAGCCAUCGAAGCAGCAGCUCUACUUGUAAACGCCCUGGCCGACAUGCUCGAGAAGAGCAAGGACAAGCCAUCGGAAACAGAAAUCGUCAAUGCCUUAGCUCAAGUUCACGAGAACCGCCACGCGAGAGCCAAGGAUUUGGUGAAGCAAGCCCAUGGCCUUCAGAUGAUCAUGACCGGGAGAUCACCCCUUUCCAAGCUGGUGCUCAACGUGGUCAUGCCGAUCCUCGGCGAAGAGGCCUUCCUCAGAACAGUUACACCCAUUGCCACGGCGAGCCACCACGUCGAGAGACUCCCGCUGCCUAAAAGGUCUAGGCUUGUGCCUUUCGAUGACGAACUUCCGACAAGACCGGUGAAGAGCAGUUGGGGCUUCUGGGUGCCAUGGUUAUUUUCUGUUGGGUCAUUGGGAGCGAUGCUGUACCAUACGUCGAACCCGGAGAACUUCUCGAACAUCGUUGGAUCUUUCAAAGCCAUGCAAGCACUUUUGCCGGGUGGACCUUCUACCUUGGGAGGUUUUGAACAGGCUCCUGGAUCCAUGACGGCGGCUGUUGUAGAGAACACUGUUGAGACUGUUCGACUUCGAGCCAACUUGUUCUCCACUCUCGCGAUCUGGUUCAUCGAAGGUCAUCGCAUCGGCAAUAAUCUCGCCGUCACCACAUGGCCAUCGUUCGCCGUCGCUGCAUACUCAUUCCUCGGACCCAACGCCGUGAUGCCUUCGUUCUGCCUCUCAACUCUUCUUCUGGCAUCGAACAACAUCCCCGGUCGCCACGUUCCGACAAACAUCGCCAAGUCCGUUCUACCAGCAAUCGUUACAGGCUACGGUAUCCCCAUGAUCCUGGCAUCUCUGCCGAUCCACAACCCACAGCUUCGCCAAAUCGUUGACUUCGCCGCCAACACAGCACCCAUGUGGUCUGCGGUGCUUCUCAAGAUCUUCCCUGCAGCCAUCAAAGCCGCCAAGACCGCGAUCAACCCACCGAAGCCAGGCGUAGAGGUCAAGGACGAGGAGAAGGAGGAGUUCACCGACAUGUACCGGAAGACGGACGUGGCCCCUCUCAAGCUCACAUACGCCUUUACGGCUGGUGUUUGCGCCGUUGCCCACGUCGCCAGCGCAGUAUACACCACCUUUGAGAAGCCCUCCGAUGUCGGUUCUGCUGGCCUGUUCGCUGGCGGCAGCGCGCUCUACGGCUUGGCAUCGGUUGCUUUGUCGUUGUAUUUGACUUGGGAUAUGAGAGCACGGGGUUUCCUUACCAACAAGCAGUCGGGGGUAGCCGGCCUCGUAUCAGUUGCUGGAAAUCUUUUGUUCGGACCUGGAGCUGCACUUUCGGGCUUCUAUUACUGGCGUGAGGAUGUCCUAUCCAGCUUGGGCGAUUGA